GGAAGCGAAGCCGCUGCCGCCAGGGGCCGCACAGGGGCAGCACUGGGCGGCGGUCACGUAGGUCAGGUUUCCCGGCUGCAGCGGCGCACGUUGAUCUGUUCCUGUGCCACAGUCCUCGCCGUCCCUCUGCCAUCAUGCCGAUGUUCGUGGUGAAUACCAACGUGCCCCGUGCCUCGGUGCCAGCCGGGCUCCUCUCCGAGCUCACCCAGCAGCUGGCACAGGCCACUGGCAAGCCGGCCCAGUACAUCGCGGUGCACGUGGUUCCGGACCAGCUCAUGGCCUUCGGCGGUUCCAGCGAGCCGUGUGCGCUCUGCAGCCUGCACAGCAUCGGCAAGAUCGGCGGUCCGCAGAACCGCUCCUACAGCAAGCUGCUGUGUGGCCUGCUGGCCGAGCGCCUGCGGAUCAGCCCGGACAGGAUCUACAUCAACUACUACGACAUGAACGCGGCCUACGUGGGCUGGAACGGCUCCACCUUCGCCUAAGGCCAGCCCGGACCCGUCCGCAGUAUUUUGCCUGCCCUGCUCCCAGCGACCUCCACCUCCCAGUCGGUAGAAAUAAACGGUUUGGAGACCGCG